AUGCAGUUACUCAAGGAGAAGCACAUUGCGUAUGUAAAGUCGCUGGACUCGCAUACUGAUGAUUAUGAAUACUGGCUGUCCGAGCAUCUUCGACUGAACGGGGUGUAUUGGGGGUUGACUGUGCUUUGCAUUCUAGGGUCACCAGAGACUUUUGACAAAGACGAUGUCAUAGCCUUUGUGAUGUCCUGUUGGGAUGACAAGUACGGAGGGUUUGCCCCAUUCCCUAGACACGAUUCUCAUUUGCUUUCAACGCUUUCUGGGUUGCAAAUACUGGCCACUUUGGGAGGGCUGGACAAUGUGAAGAAGGAUCAGUUGAAACUCUCGCAGUGCCUCAAGUUCAUCAGUUCAAACCAAUUGGAAGAUGGGUCUUUCCAGGGGGAUCGUUUUGGAGAGGUGGAUGCUCGGUUCAGUUAUAACGCUCUGAGUUGCCUGUCGAUCCUGGGUGAAUUGACCCCAGAGGUCGUCGAUCCCGCUGUGAAUUUUGUGCUGAGAUGUUACAACUUUGACGGAGGGUUUGGCCUGUCCCCGGGUGCAGAAUCGCAUGCAUCGAUGGCGUUCACUUGCUUGGGGGCCCUCAAAAUCACAGGGAAAUUGCAUCUUCUAUCCCCAGAACAAAUUGACAUGAUCGGAUGGUGGCUUUGCGAAAGACAAUUGCCAGAGGGCGGGCUGAAUGGCCGUCCAAGCAAGCUACCAGAUGUUUGUUACUCGUGGUGGGUCCUUUCAUCGCUCGCCAUAAUUGGGAAACUUGAGUGGAUUGACUACGAAAAGCUGACGCAGUUUAUCCUAUCCUGCCAGGACGAGAAGCGCGGAGGGAUUAGCGAUAGACCGAACAACGAGGCAGAUGUGUUUCACACUGUCUUUGGUGUGGCAGGGCUAAGUCUCCUAGGAUAUAAAGAUCUCGUGCCCGUAGAUCCUACAUACUGCAUGCCUUACUCCAUAACGGCGACGUUCCAGAAAUAUGGCCUCUAUUGA